AGAACAGUUUGUAAAUAAUUAAUUGAGUCAAAGAACCCAGGCUCUUGGAUAAUUACGUACAAAACAAGAAAAACCCACCCGCAAAGUUUCCUCGUGUUUUCUCUGCACAUUCCUUCGGCGAUUACCUUUUCUUCUUGUUUCUCUAGUAAUAAUACAGCACUCUUAAGAAAUCUUCAUAGAAAACAAGGAAAAAAAAAUGAACAUAUUCUCCAAAAAACCUAACCCUAAAGAGGCUCUUCGAGAGAGCAAGAGAGAAAUGCAACACGCAACUAGAGGUAUAGAGAAGGAAAUUGGAUCACUGCAAUUGGAAGAGAAGAAGCUUGUUGCUGAGAUUAAGAGAACUGCUAAAACCGGAAAUGAGGGAGCAACUAAAAUUCUGGCACGGCAACUAAUCAGGCUUAGGCAACAAAUUGCUAACUUGCAGGGUAGUCGAGCUCAAAUGAGAGGCAUAGCCACUCAUACGCAGGCUAUGCAUUCACAGUCCUCAGUUGCUGUUGGCUUGAAAGGGGCUAAUAAGGCAAUGGCAGCUAUGAAUAAGUAAAUGGACCCUACAAAGCAAGCGAAGGUUAUGCGGGAAUUUCAGAAGCAGUCGGCACAAAUGGAUAUGACUACUGAAAUGAUGUCCGAAGCCAUAGAUGAUUCCUUGGACAAUGAUGAGGCUGAAGAGGAAACUGAAGAGCUGACGAAUCAGGUGCUAGAUGAAAUUGGUGUUGAUGUUGCUUCACAGUUGUCAGCAGCUCCAAAAGGCAAGAUCGCCGGAAAAAGUACAGCGGAUGCCAACAGUUCGGGCAUUGAUGAACUUGAGAAGCGAUUGGCAGCUCUCAGAAAUCCAUGAGCUGGAGACUUCAAACCGAGUCCCGUUUUAUCGAUGUUAUGCUUCUACCUACAAGUUUCAUCCGUGCAAGGUUGUACGCAGUCAAAGGUUACGCUUUGUAAAUGUUAUUCUGAGAUGUUACUCGGUGUGGAUUUUCUAUUCCUUGGAUAAUAUUUCAUUGAAUUGAACUGUA